AUGGUCGACAACGAUCUUUCACGACUGUCGCAUCCAGAUGAUUACCAAAGGUAUGGAAGACAGAUGAUACUUGAGGGUUUCGGCUUGGAAGGUCAGCUAAAACUACAGAAUUCAUCUGUAGUGGUUGUCGGAGCAGGGGGACUUGGUUGCCCCGCAUUACAAUAUCUCGCUGCAGCCGGUGUAGGUCGCCUAGGCAUAAUCGACCAUGACACGGUCGAACUGUCCAAUCUCCAACGCCAGAUACUUCAUACGGAUAAUACGAUUGGCAGCCCGAAAGCUGUGUCUGCAGCCCAAGCCAUCGCUGCUCUGAACCCACGCGUCAAUAUUGACGUAUGUCCCACUGCUCUCGAUUCAUCCAACGCGCUUUCUAUUCUCGCCCCGUACGAUGUGAUCCUCGAUUGCACAGACAAUGCUCCCACACGCUACCUCCUUUCUGAUAGCGCCGUAAGGCUCAAAAAGCCUCUCGUCAGUGGAGCCGCCCAGAAAUUCGAUGGCCAGCUUUGCAUAUACAAUCUAGGCGAUGAUGGCCCCUGCUAUCGCUGCAUAUUUCCAAAGCCACCUGCGCCAGAAAUGGCAGGAUCGUGCGAGGAGACAGGUAUACUAGGCGCUGUGACAGGGAUCAUCGGAAAUCUACAGGCACUUGAAGCGAUAAAGCUUAUCACUGGUCUCCACGAUGGUAAAGCGUCUCUACUUCUUUUCAGCGCUCUAUCUGUCCCUCCGUUUCGCACCGUGAAGCUCAGAUCAAGGAAGCCUACCUGUGCUGCAUGUGGGAUCGAGGGCCAGAAAGUUGGCACCAUCGAAGAAACCGAUUAUGUGGCAUUUUGUGGUGGCGCACGGCCAAAUUGGUUAGAGCGUGGUCUCAAAGCUGGCGAGCCUGAAUCGCGGAUAUACGUCAAAGAACUGAAAUCCGUCUUCGAAUCAAACAUAAAUCAUACCAUCAUCGAUGUGCGGCCAAGAACUGAGUUUGGUAUAUGUCGUCUUCCGAGGUCUACAAGUGUCCCGCUCAAUAUCCUAUUGGCUAACCCAGUGCCUCAUCUUCCCUCAGACAAGUCGUGUCGGGUGUUUGUUCUAUGCAGAUUAGGCAACGAUUCUCAAAUCGCUGCGGACGCCAUCAGGGCAAUCGACUCCAAUCUGAUUGUAAAAGAUGUUAUCGGAGGCUUACGUGCAUGGUCGAAUGAGAUAGAUCCAACAUUUCCUGUGUAUUGA